CCGACCUCAGCACACUGAAUCCUUCUCAACGCCGCAAUCGAAGUCAGUCUUGGCAAUCGACCUAUAAAGACGAGAGUCUCUUUAGAGCAGAACCUCCGAUUUGGCCGAACGAACAAGAAAGUGCGAAUCAACCCAAAGACAAGCUUAAGCCCAAACAAAAGACCGACCUCUCCAUAUCAGAUCAUAGCACCCAGACUUCCGCAAAGAUGGCGUCUUCCUCUCAGAAAACAAACCAAGCAGAAUUCGACGCCUCCACCCUCAAAUUGACAUCCUUCUCUAACGCCGCCGCCGGCCACGACGGCGUCCUCUCCGACGAAUCCGGCGCCGUCCUUAUCAAGCCCUGCACGCCCAGCGAAAUCGCCUUCUACCAAGCCAGCGCAAGCUCGCAUACAGAUUUCUACGAGCUAAUGCCCACAAUGCUCGGGACUUUGCAACUCGGUGCACCCUCAAACCUCCCUGGAGACGUCAAACUCCCCAUCAUAACUUCAACAUCAGAGACUCCCGCCCCAGCAGAAGAAGCCGAGCCCGAGCUGACACAAGAAUACAAAGACAAGGCCCUCCUGCACGGCAAAGCGCUCAAGACCGAAACCGCCAUCGUCCUCGAAAACCUCGAGGCCGGCUUCUCCAGGCCCAACGUCCUCGACCUCAAACUCGGCGCGAAACUCUUCGAUCCCGCGACCACGAAAGCCGACAAAGCCGCGCGAUUGGACAAAGUCGCGGGCGAAACGACCUCGGGGAGUCUGAAUUAUCGAAUCGCCGGGAUGAAAGUUUGGAAUGCUGACAUCGGGGAAUAUGCAAUUUAUGACAAAUUCUAUGGAAGACAGUUCAGCAAGGAGGAUGUGGGAAGAGGAUUUGAGACGUUUUUCGAAAGUCUCCUGCCAUCAUCGCUCAGCGGAUCGGAGAAGGAAGAGGGGGCGGGAGAAAAGAAGAAGAAGGAGAAGAUCUCCGCGCGGGACGCAAGAUCUCUCCUCGAGCUUUUCCUCGCGGAAAUCACCAACGCUCGUGCCGUCCUCUCUCGCAGCGAAAGUCGGAUGUAUGGCGCGAGUGUUCUGAUUGUCUAUGAGGGUGACCCGGAGGCGUUGUCGGAACUUCUCGGUGGUGGUGGACGGGAUACAUCCUCCUUGAAACAAAAGGAGCCGGUCUCCAAGGUUGAGGUCGGAGGAGAAGAGGAAUAUGAGGAGGAGGAGGAGGAAGAAGAGGAAGAGAGAAAGGUGGCAUACCGGGUGAAAAUGAUUGAUUUUGCGCAUGCGGAGUGGACGCCUGGACAGGGCCGGGAUGAGAAUGUCGUGACAGGAUUGGAGAAUGUGGAGAGGGCGAUGGAGGAGGUCAUCAGGAAGUUCUUCUGAUUCGCAGGCAGAUGUAGAGAUAGUGAAGGGAAAAUAUCAGGAAGUACUGAUGGAAAAGGAGAUACGCGUUGAUAAAAGCACCACGCAACUGUGACGGUAACCCAAAAAGCGUUGCUUUUCCUUUUUUUUCCCUGAUCUUCAAAUAUAUACGGCUUUUUUUCUCUCUCUCCCGCGACUGCUCACGCACCAGCAACAUAUUUCUUGCCACCCUUCCCAAACAGCACCUCAGGCUUCCUCUCCGCCAAAUCCAAAAUGCACUGCGCAAAGACCGAGUUCGCCCACGCGAACCAACUCCUCGUAUACCGGCCAGGAAG